AUGGUGCAGAAAUCAUUGAUCUAUGCAUUUGUAUCUCGUGGGGAAGUUAUAUUAGCUGAGUACACUGAAUUCAGUGGGAAUUUUAAUUCCAUAGCUUUUCAAUGCCUCCAAAAGCUUCCAUCUUCCAACAACAAGUUCACUUACAACUGUGAUGGCCACACCUUCAAUUACCUUGUUGACAAUGGCUACACAUAUUGUGUUGUUGCAGAUGAGUCAGCUGGAAGGCAAGUACCUAUUGCAUUUUUGGAGCGUAUCAAGGAUGAUUUUGUGUCAAAAUAUAGUAGUGGAAAGGCUGCUUCAGCUCCUGCCAACAGCCUGAACAAGGAUUUCGGGCCAAAACUAAAAGAACACAUGCAGUACUGUGUUGAUCAUCCUGAAGAAAUAAGCAAGCUUGCUAAGGUUAAAGCGCAGGUUUCAGAAGUCAAAGGUGUUAUGAUGGAGAACAUUGAAAAGGUGUUAGAUAGAGGGGAAAAGAUAGAGAUACUAGUGGAUAAGACUGAGAAUCUUCACCAACAGGCUCAAGACUUUCGAAAUACUGGGACGAAAAUCCGAAGAAAAAUGUGGCUACAGAACAUGAAGAUCAAGCUGAUUGUUCUAGGAAUACUGAUUGCGUUGAUCCUCAUCAUUGUCCUCUCGGUUUGCCAUGGUUUCAACUGUGGCAAAUGAGUGCUGUUCUGGAUAGGCUUAUUAGGUUUCACCAGAGCUUUUGUGAUAAUAUUGUGAGGAAAAUAUCAAAAUAUAUAUAAUAACUUACAUAAGUCAUAAAGAUUACCAUUUAGCAAUCACCAGAUGUUUGGUGGAAGUUAUUUUUUAAUGUGAACAAACCCUAUAAGUUUUAUUGCAUUGCAUGAAUGUGCUUUUUGGAACUACCAUAUUGGUUGUUAACCAUCAAGCUUCACAGUCCGCUGGCAAAAUUUUGUUCCAGGCUGGAAUUUGUUUGAUGUUCUAUUUUUAGCUCAAUCUUGUCAGCCACUAAUUGUCUGUUUAGUCCCCAAGACAUCCGAGUAAAUCUUUUUUUUAGUUCCACUCUCCCAUGAGUUCUUAGUUCAAAGUCUUACACCAAUUAACUGCAAUUGCUUUUGGAGAGAUAGGGACUCAGAUCCAUAUAAUUCUUUAGACAUUUGGCUUGAAAGUGGAGAGGUAAUGCUUUUGUAGGGAAUAUUGCAAAUUGAAUCCUGUAAAAAUAAAAACUAAUGGCCCGGUGGAGGCAGCAGGUUUUUAAACAUUUACAGAUUAUCUACUCAAGGAGUU